CCCCCUGUAGUGAAGUGUUGGGCUAAAAGGAAGGGAAGUGACACAGGCUUGCAUAUAAAGCUUGCAUAAUAGUGUGCAGCAGAGAAGAACAAGUCAGUGGAGCUGACUGCCGUAUACACAGAAGAAUGGCUCCAAAGAACUUGGCACUGUGGCUGCUCCUUGUGGGCGCAGUGUUGCCACAGGGCCGCGCUCAGCACUGGUCAUACGGACUGAGCCCAGGAGGGAAGAGGGACCUGGACAUCCUUUCAGACACACUGGAUAAUCUCGUUGAGGCGUUUCCUCACGUGGACACGCCCUGCAGUGUUCUGGGUUGUGCAGAGGAAUCACUCUUUCCCAAAAUCUACAGAACGAAAGGAUUUCUUGGCAGCGUCCCCGGCAGGGACAAUGGGCACAGAACUGAUGAACUGAAAACUGAAACUGAAAAAAUGAUGAUUAUUUGAUUCUACAAUAAAUGAUUAUAUUAACAUGUCA